UUGGGAAAGGCCCAUCGUCAGGAAAUUCGGACUUUGGAUGACAAGAAAAGGAAACAGUUUGAGGUAAAUUCGUUCAAGUAUUACGACUGUACAAAGACAGCUGCUUUGAAGAAUGCCCUCAACUGGAUGAAAGUGAGUGGUCUGUACAACAGAAUCGCCCGGGUCCACAAAUAUUCGGGAGUCCAUUCAGGACCCGCAUUCACCCUUUGGCAUCGGGAAUAUCUGAAGAGGUUUGAGCUUAUAAUUCGCCACUACCUUCCUGAUCCCAAUAUGGGAGUUCCCUACUGGGACAGUACCCUUGACGCUGAGCUGCCCGAACCCUCGGACUCUAUCAUGUUCUCCAAUAUUUUCCUGGGCGAGACGAACGACGACGGUUUCGUGGUAACAGGGCCUUACGCAAACUGGACCACAAUGGAGGGACGUGCUAGUAUUUAUCGCGAGGUCGGAUCGAGUGAUGGUGGUGAGCUGUUGAAUAACGCUCGUGUUGAUUGGAUUGUGAACAAUCCCAACAUCAAUAUGGUGCUUGGGAUAACAAUGCCACUCACGACUUGCCCGAUCGAGUUAACGCUGGACGCGAGGAUGCUCGAGUAUUCGCACGACUACGUACAUUUCUACAUCGGAGGUGACAUGGGGAAAUCUCAUUCGUCAUCAAACGAUGUCGUGUUCCUGUAUCACCACUCAAUGAUCGACUUGAUUUAUGAACUUUGGAGACAGAAAAUGCAGGUAAUAUGUCCAAUAGUAACUUAUUUCAAAUGCGCCGCGUAA